GUCGUUUAGUAGGACCUGUAGAAAUUUUUAUGCGAAAAGCUCUUGACCUUCUUCGUGAUGUUCGCUCUCUCGGUGGUGCUCCUGUCGCAUCCCUACGCUGUACUUAGCCAGCAUAGGGUUUACGGAGAUCAUGGGGCCUUAAUGAUCUCAAGCCCAAAUCAUAAGCCCAGACAUAUACUUCCAUAUAAAAGUCCCGCUUACAUAGGCUCUUUUGGGACACAAAGGCAGCGGUAUGCACAUCCACAAAUACCCCUGCGCGCAGCCCACCACAGCGAUGGACCGUGUACCAAUUACGUGAGCGACAACGGGGAGAUCUCCAUAGAUGAUAGGUCAAAACAUCGCGUUCACCAGGGUGCAGUAGAACCCCACGGAAGUCCAAGAGGUUCAGGAAAUGACGGUGAUCAUGAAAAUGAUCGCGCCUACCGCGUGUACUACAAUCGGCGAACAAGUGGGCAUCACGGAAGAGACGAUGGAGCUUCGGGGAACCCUGAUCUGGUUGGCCAUGACGAAGGACAUGCGGAAGAAGAACCAUACGGGCCUUCAGAGCCCCACGAAGCUGAUUAUGGACCAAGACCGGAUGGAGACCACAGAUACGACAUCCCCAAUGAAAUCGAUUAUAACGACUACUACGAUGCACCACAUCGAGCUUAUGGCGGUAACUCUAAUGAGCAUCCUUAUCGGAUGGAUGGUGGAGGUCAUCAUGAAGGACCUCGACAUAGCGAUGGUAUUUAUGGCGACGAAGACCAUGACGCUGGGCCUUCUGGCGUCUUCAACCAUUGUGGAGGACAUGAAAAAGACGAUUCUCAUAGAACAAGUGGAUAUGAGGGACCUUACCAUGGUGAUCAUGGCAAGCAUCGUGGCUACCAUCAAGGGCACCGCCCUCGUCACGUCGUUCGACACGCCCGCCCGCAACGACAGCAUAGAACGCAGACGCAUCAUGGAACUCAUCGUAAAGGCCAGAUAGGACAUGAUCACCUGCCUGUCCGUACCAUGAAACAUGAACACCAUCAUCCUUUGGUUGACUAUCACCUUCUGGCCGUACAAAGGCAUAGCGGCCAUCUUCCUGGUCAUGGUAUUUUGCAUCAUGGUGCUAUGAGCCACAAACACAGGAACAUUGUAGUCGGCAAACCUGUGAAACUUACGAAUGAUAUGCAUGGAGAAUACAGUCAUUCCCUUCCGCUGCCAAUGGUGAUCAGCGAAAAACCGUUGAUAUUAUCAGGCGAUCGUUCUCAGCACCUUAUAGUCGACCUUGGCGAUGCUACGCCUUUGACUGAUCAUUACGAGCUGGCGCAGCCGGUCAAAAACGCGUGGUUUCGUGGAAACGGUGAUGGACCCACUAUCUGAAAACGAAUCACCCCAGAGCGAUUGCCUAAUGGAGACUAUUGUUCACAACAGUGUGUGUGCCUUUGAUAUAUAAGAAUGCCUCACUAAAAAGAACAUAGAUAUAGCCCGUUAUUUUCCUGUAUUUUCCGGAA